UCCAUUUUUUUAUCCUUUCUACCAUGUCUUUCCACGAAGAAGCCUACAACACCAUCAACGCCGUUGAAGUCCCCACUGAAGAACACAAGUCCUCAUGGACCCACCAGUUGUUGGCCGGUGCUGCUGCUUAUGAAGCCAUGCACCUUAUCAACAAGAAGAAGGAGGAAAACGGUGAAGAAGUUGACCAUAGCACUGCCAAGGAACUCCUUGCUGCUGUCUCCGGUGCUGCCGUCGAUCGUUUGAUUGAAACCAAGGGCAUGGACUGGUUCGACAGAGAGAAGGCCAAGCACCACGCCAAGGAAGAAGCCGAAAAGCUCUACAGCCAGCAGACUGGUUACCAAUUCUAAAUACAAAUUUAAAUAUUCUCAAUACCCGCUACCGUCAUCCAUUCAUCCUUGUAAUAAAAAAUAUAUAGCCGUAUUUUUUGUAUGAAACCAAAGAAAAGAAAAAUUCACCAUUUCUGUCAUUACCAUGUUCGGGACUCUGUAUCCGAUACAGUGUUGCUUGUGUUACGUUUCCUAAAGUUAGUUUUUAUUUGUGCCUUCUUUAUACCGUCAUUUUCUGAAAGUAAAGUCGCCGAUGAUGCAUUUGAUGUCGUGCAAAAAAAACCGUGUUCAAUACAUUGUUUCUUUUUACUUUUUUGCUUACUAC